AGAUCUGCAUGGGAUCAGCGGGAAUAGUUUUUCCGCUUCCUGCCAACACACACACCGCACAGAGAAAGUGCGGCGCUCACCAUUUAGACUGUCACCGAGCCGCCUACAUUUUCGACCGGCAUCUUUUCUUGAGAGAGAGAGCCAAGUGACGACGCUGUGGAAUUUUUUUUUCACGAAAGCUGUGUUUCUCCGGUCGAGAGCUGUGGCUUCAGCGUUGGGGGCGUCUCGGUUUGGGGCUUACAGGAUUGCUAGUGCGGCCAGGAGCUUGGGGAUGUCGAAUUCGAAAGGGGACAUGUUGGGUUCUUCGGAACGUAAACGAAAGCACCAGUUUGAGGCGGAAGACGCAGGUGAAGGAGAAGAAGGCACUAAAGCCGGUAUGUCCCCUCUCUGAAACCAAAAAUACCAACCCCUCUUAUCGAACAGUAGUCAAAAUACAUCGCUACCCCCCAAAUCCUGCCAUCACAACCUGCACCCCGCCAAAAGAAAUACCUUACACACCCCGCGACCCUCGCGACGCCCUGGCCCCCUACAUAAUAUCACCGUCCGCCUUCUCCCCCUCCGUAAUCUUGAAACAAACCCCGACAUCUGUGUUCAUCCGGGACGCGUUCCCGAAAGCGCUCGUGCACACACUACUCCUGCCUCGGGAUCCCGAGAAGACCAUGCUGCACCCGUUCGAGGCGUUCAAGGACGAGGCCUUUCUGGCGCGGGUUCGGACGGACGCGGAGGAGUUGAAGGGGUUGGUGGCGAGAGAACUGAGGAGGAAAAUUUGCGGCGGUGGCACGGCGGCGGGCGGGAAAGGGGUGGAUUGGGGGGCGGAGGUUAGGGUUGGGGUUCAUGCGGGGCCGAGUAUGAAUCAUUUACAUGUGCAUGUAAUCUCGCGCGAGGGGUUCUCGGAUAGGGUGAAGAAAAGGGCGCAUUAUAAUUCGUUCAAUACGGCGUUUUUUGUCCCGCUUGAGGAAUUGCCGUUGCGCGAUGACGAUCCUAGAUUGGAACAUCAUGAGCGGGCAAGAUUGCUGAAGAUGGACUAUACGUGUUGGAGGUGUGGGCGCGGGUUUGAGAAUUCGUUCGUUGGAAUAAAACAACAUGUUGCUGAGGAAUUUGUAGAGUGGAAAAAGGCAUUGAUUGAGGCAGGGGGAGGUGGAGGCGGAAAAGCUACAAGUGGUUAG